AUGAGUUUGCCCGGGCGCUACUCGGCGCAUGCGCAUUGGAGCGGCUUUCUGCACAGUCGCGCUGUUGCUCGACAGCCGAGCCGCCGGACCAUCUUUCGCCGAAGAGAUGUUUGGCGCCGCGCAACAAAAAGACUUGAAGGUGCAAUUAUCCCGUGUCACCAGCUGGUGGCGGGCGACAUCAACCUCAUCGUGCGAGACUGGACGGGAGGGAGGUCUUCCUCGGUGCUCGUCGUGGCCCGCGAGGUUCUCGGUACGCGUGUUUUGACGGCGACCCAACUGGACCGACGCGAGCCCGAGAAGGUCGCCCGCAACCCUCGCGAGGAAACGGAAGCGGCGACUUUCGCCACGGAUCCGCCAAAUGCAGACAAGCAUCCCGGGCCGGACGGGGGACGAGGGUGGAGCUUUUCAUCCGAGCUCACGCAGGAAAGAGCCGGGCCUUCCGCGUUUCUCUCUCGUUUUUGGAAGUCCAUGGAAAAGGAGAACAAUGUCAACGCGUGGGAGAAGAAAACAUCGGCGAUUGGCCUCGGCCCUUGUCCGUCACUUGGCGUACUGCACUCCCAAUUGGUCCACUCGGCCCAGGCUCGAUCCGAGGGGCGGGCCUUAGUAGGGGUCACGAAGGAGAAGAGGCCCAGUAAGCGCAGAGGCAGCAGUCGCCGCCGCCGCCGCCGUCGCCGUCCUCUUCUUAUGCCGGAGGACGUCAAAGAGGUGAAAGGCAACGGUCGUCCGCUCACUUUGGCCGCUCGUCGCCGUGGUUUGUCGGCGGCUGACGAGCAACAAGGAGCUCGGCUAAUGCGGCGCUGUGCUGGCUGGCGAGCGGGACGCGAGCUGAAUAUUUAUGAGGGACAAGAAACAUCCAUGGCCGCUUUGUUCCUCUCUCUCGCACACGACAACUUGAGAGACUUUUUUUUUUUUUCUUCUUUUCCCCCUCGCCGCCUCGCCAACUCUUUGUGCGAAUACGUUCAGAAGAGGUGCCCGGAGAAGCUGGCGGCGCGGAGUUGCCCGGCGGGCGCCGGAAAGCCGCUCUCCCUCAUCAAGACCCCCGGCCAGGGCAUCUCCAUCUCUGUGGUUCCGGCCAAGGUCGUCAAUGGCGCCGCGCCGCCGCAGACCUCGCCCGUCAACCUGCAGACGGGCGGCAGGGCGGCGCUCGGGCCCGGGGCUCGCCCGCCUCAGCUUCUUAAAUCGCAGAUAUUGAGCCCGCUGGGUUCGAUCCCCGCGAAGGUGCCUCAAGUCAGUCCGCUUUACCGACUGGCCGGUCAGGCCGCCGGCGCGCUCCCUCAGGUCAGUCCAAAGACACUGAUCCCGGACAGCCUUCCCCGCGGCCCCUGCCGGGACACCCCGCGGCCACGCGGCCCGGAGUGCCCCGCGGUCCACCGGCUCGGCCCCAAGUGCGCCCCGAGCCCCCGUCGCCGGCCUUACGAUGGCGCCGCCCCCUUCCCGGCCGGCGAUGCGGGCGGGCCAGCCUCGGGCGGCGCCGGGGUGGCCUACGCCAUCAUCGCCGCCUCGCCCGCCGACGCCAACGGGGUGGCCGCCGUCAGCGAGGCCGUCAAGGUGAUCAUCAUCCAACCUCAGGCCCCCGGCGGCGGCGAGGGCGGGUCGCUCCCCCCGCCGUCGCUCGCCUCGGCGGAGAAGACGGACGAGGACCCGGAGAAAAUUUCCUUCAUGGUCGCCCUCGGUCUGGUCACCAACGAGCACUCGGAAGAACUCCAACUGAAGAGGCAGGAGAGGAAAAGGCGAAGCACGGCGAACCCCGCCUACAGCGGCCUCUUUGAACCGGAGCGCAAGCGUCUGGCGUCGCAUUACCUGAACGGCUCGCUCUUCCUGUCGGCACGAGACUCUGAGGACUUCUGCUGGAAGGAUGAGGCGGAGCGGGACGAGCAAUGCGCCGUGUGCCGGCGGGACGGCGAGCUACGGCCGUGCCACAACUGCCCGCGAGCCUUCCACCCCGAUUGCCUCCGAUCGCCGCUCGAGACCCCGCCCGAGGGACCCUGGUACUGCCCCAAGUGCCACAAGAAGGUUUUGAACAAAGAGAAUAUGUCGUGGCCUCACAACUUUGCAAGGUCGUACGUCACGCACAAGACAGUGCGUCAGGAGGAGAAGCGACGUCUGCUGCGACGAAACGUGGAGCUGAAGAAGGAGUGCGCUCACCUGGAGGAGGAAGACGAACAACUCGACAAGACGCUCAAACGCUGCCUGGCCCGUCGAGAGCGUCUGUCGGCGCAGCAACGAGACACCCUGGCGUCGUUGGAGCGUCUGAAAGCGCUGGUCAAGCUCAUCCAGGUUUCCGUGACCGCCGGGCCCGCCUCCUCCCCGUCGCCCCGGACGAAAAGCCCGACGUCGACGACGGGCUCGCCCCUGCGGCCGUCCCGGGACAACGUGGCCGACUAG